AUGAUCGCAGAAGGCCGGCUCGGGGUGACCACUCUGGUCCCCUCCCCUGCCCCCACUCGGAACGGGGCAGCGUCAAGGGGCCGCCGGAGAUCACCACGAUCCUCCGAGCAUCAACGCACCCCCAGGGGCUCCGGCAGCUACUGGAGGGGGCGCCACCACUCCUGCUCGACUCCCGCGGCGUUCCGCAGCUACCGCCACCCCAAUGGCCCACUCGGCUCCCAGCCGCAGCCGCGCAGGGGGGCCUCGGGGAUCCAGGAGUUCCUUCUGGAUAAAGUAGGAAAUUCAUCACCCUGGGAUAUGCAGUUCCCACUGGAGCCAGGGGACAAGGCCAAGUUGUCUGUUCCCUUCAUCACAGAAGCACAUGCAGGAACUUACUACUGUCACUGUAAAAACUCCACCAACUGGUCAGAGCACAGUAACGCCCUGGAGUUGGUGGUCACAGGCCUGUACAGGAAACCAUCCCUCAUUGCCCUAUCAAGCCCUGUCCUGACCUCGGGGGAGACCGUUGAGCUCCAGUGUGCUUCAUUUCAAGGAUUCGACAGGUUCAUCCUGACUCAGGAGGGAGACCCUGAGACCCCACGGACCUUUGACUCAAAACAACUAGCAUUUGGGGAGACCCAGACUGUGUUCACUGUGGGCCCUGUGACCCCUGACCGUAGGUGGUCAUUCCAGUGUUAUGGCCAUUUUGCGCAGACACCCCAAGAAUGGUCUCACCCCAGCGACCUGCUGCAGCUCCUGGUCUCAGGUGCAUCUAGAAGACCCUCCCUGCUGAGCCUACAAGGUACGAUCGUGACCCUAGGACAGAAUGUGACCCUGCGGUGUCGCUCUGAGGUCAGCUAUGACACCUUCGCACUGACCAAAGAAGGGAGGCAAGAUGUCCCCCAGCGCCCUGGCCACCACCCCCAAACCAGACUCUCACAGGCUGACUUCUCCCUGGGCCCUAUAAGCGGCUCCCACGGUGGCCAGUACCGCUGCUUUGGAGGACAAGGCCUCACCCCUCAGUGGUCAGAGCCCAGUGACCCCCUGGACAUCCUGGUGGCAGGACAGAUCAGGUCCACUCCAACCCUCUCAGUGCAGCCAGGCCCCUCAGUGAACCCAGGAGAGAACGUGACCUUCCUGUGUGUGUCAGGAGGCAAGAGGGACACUUUCCUGCUGGCCAAGGAGGGGGCAACCGGCCCUCCACUGAGCUUCAAAGUGGAUAAGAGAGAGAAUAUAACAGAGGCCAAAUUCUCCUUGGGCCCCGUGACCUCGGCUCAUGGUGGCACUUACAGGUGCUACAGCUACAGCAGCAGAGUCCCCUACCGGCUGUCACACCCCAGCGCCCCCCUGCAGCUCCAGGUUUCAGGACCCUCUGAGGACAGUAGGAACCCAACAAGUGUGCCCACAUCUGAUGUGCUGCUCAAGUUCAGAAAAAUGGCCCAGGGCACAGCUACAGGGAAUGGAUGGCUGAGAAGCAGGCAGGAUGAAGACCCCCAUGGAGCAACCUAUGCCCAGGUGAAGCACACAGGACUCCGACAGGGAGUGGCCUCCUCUCCUCCUGUUUCUGGAGCUCAGGGGAAGGCACAAGACGGACAGACAAAAGAAAACACACAGGCAGACCGGCAGGUACCAGCACCUGAUGUCCCCCUGGAAGUGACCUAUGCACAGCUGGAACACCUGGAUACUGCACAGAAGACUACAGCGUCUACUUCCUUCCUGUCACGGAAGCCCCCAGCCGAGCCCACCAUGUAUGCUUCUCUGGCUUUCCACUAG